GUCCUCGCAGAUCGUCGAACAAAAGGUCAAUUCAAAGAAAGAAUUGCUAUUUCUUAGAUCAACAUCAUCUGAAUUUGGUUGUAACGAGAAAUGAUGAAAGAAUAGGAUCUUGGUCGAUCAAGCUGUGGAAUGAAAUGAGUACGAACACCAUUAUUCCGUGAAGUCUUUAUAAUUUUUUGUCUCAGACAGGGCCGCUUCUUUCAAUGGCGUAUACGGAUCUUCUAUGGAUUAUCUCGCAUGGACGCUUCAAUCUCGCAUAAAUUUGUCUUUUCAGAUAGAAGUCUUUACGAAACCUAGAUUGUCUUCUGAAUUGGAUCAUGACUUAGUGUUUCGCUCUUGCUUUUAGCGAAGAGGUGCCCCUAGCCUUGUUGAUAAUUUGUUUCUACCUGUUCUUCUCUACGUCGUCGUAUCUUCGUAUUGACAUUUGUUCUUCGAUUCUUCCGUUGUAUCACUCCUAGUUGUAGUUCUACUUGCUUCUAGUCAAUCCUUCAUAUCACCACGUCUAGAAGAAAAUGUAUAACGGAAUAGGUCUGUCGACGGUCCGCGGUAGCGGUACCAGCGGCUACGUGCAGAGGAACUUGGCGCACCAAAAACCGAAAAGAGAAGACCUGGGACCAAAGGUAUUCUCGGAUUUCUUUUUGAUCUAGAACUACCAUGGCAACAUUUCAGUAGUUUAAAAAAGCAGAAAAAGAAACUCUAGAACCCUCGUUCAUAAUUUUCAAAUUAAGUCCAAUGUCUGUCUCUGGCCAAAAUAGGCACAACCUCUCAUCUGCCAUCAGCACCUCUCUCCACGCCAACAACCACAAAAAAACAGAAACCGCUAAAUGCUGCCAGUGCCGGUGUGCUGAUUCGCAAGGCAAACCCAGAGUUGAUGGAGCACGAUUUGAGGCGGAAAGUUGAGGUGGAAUUGGCAGAACUCCGUGAACACUUGGAGGAGAAGGGAAAGUGCUUAUCACGCUUGCUUGCUUGUUUUGAUUCGUUUUUUCAUCAUGCUCUUGAAGAAAGGAUAAAAACAGUUUUAAAUUGUUCACAGAUGAACCUGAAAAUCUUGAUUUCCCUUUCGUCUUCAUCUCCUCACAACGAACUACCUCACCAAACCGCCUCCAUCACUUAUCCACAUCAGAACCGAGGAAGAAAUCGAGGAAGAGGUAGAGAAACAGCGCGAGGGAAUUUCAGCGCGCGUCCGACGAGAAGGCGUGACAGGAGGUCUUGGCAACCAAGCAAGUUCUCAUAGCACGGCUUUGAGGAAAGAACAAGAGCUGGAGAAAUUUGGCCGAGCACUUCGCAUGGGCUUCGGACAUGAUAUUGGUACCUACUUGAUAAUCCUACAACCGCUAGCUUCAACAACAUCAUGAAACAACUCCUACACUAUAGAUAGAGAUGUUCUUGAAUGGUUUUGGUUAAUCUCCCUUCUUACUAGUGAUUGGCCUAGGUACACUCAGGCACACACAUCAUCCUCUUCCUUCGCCAAAAUCUACCAGGCGACGGCUUCCUCUCCAAAGAGGAAAAAAUGGCUAAGCGUCGUCGUUUGAUCGCCGAGAAGGAAGCUGAGAUGGCAGCUAUCAAGGCCGCGCACGAGAAGGAAAAAGCCCUAGAGGAAUCCAGACGCGAGGCUGAGGAUGGCGACCGCCGUACUCGUGAGGAUGAACGAAGACUGCGUGAAUCUGCGAAACAAAAACUCCGCGAACGUGAGCGUGAGCUGGAACGCUUGGAGGCCCUGUUGGAGGUGGAAAAGGCUAAAGGCUUGGACUUGGGCACAAUCGAAGAAGGUGAUGAAGAUGAUCGAAGUGAAGAUGGUCGUAGUGACAGAAACAACAGUGGCCGUGAUGGUUCAGCAAAUGGUGGUAUGGGCGGCGGCUGGAUGAUCGGUACGCUAGGUGGCGGCGCGGUGGAUAGAAGUGCUGCAAACUACAACAGGUCUACGUCUGAUCGUAACAACAAGGAUCGUGAUCAUAGAUCGGAUUCCGAUCGCGAAGAGCUAGAUCAGAAAGAAGCCUUUCUACGCAAACUGCACAGCACCGCAGAAGCCAGAGGCAUCGGUGCGCCACGCAUGGAAGAGAGGCGCAAUGAACGUCGCGAGCAGUUCUGGGCUGCGAAGGGAGAUCCGGAGGACGAGCGACAAUUUAGGGAAGAGGAAGAACGAAAAAAGAAGGCUGCCAGUAGAAUAAACAAUAGUCAUCGAGAACGAGCACGAGAGCGAGACAAUACCAGAGCUGGAGGUGUCGGUAGGCGAGCAGACUCUCGCCGACGAAGUAGAGAACGACGAGAUCAUUCGAGAGGCCGUGAUCAUGAUCGUCACGCAGGUCGUCGUGAUGGUGCUCCAAAACAACUUCAACGUGAUGACAGUCGGAGUAGAGAAGAUGGCAGUCCUCUUCCCAGUAACCUGGUAAAACGUGGACGCGGACAUCAGAUGAAAAACAGAGACGAAGAUCAACAUCGUGGUGAUCUUGACGAAGUAGAUGAUCAUGCUGGUGACAAGGACUUCCGCAAAGUAGCAGGACCUAGAGGUUCUGGUGAUUCACGGGGCCGCAGAGAAAAACCAAAAGAGAAACAACAGGAGAAGCAAAGCAGAAACAAGGAAGAUAGUCGAGGUAGAGGAGGAGCAAAAAAUGUCGACCACUCUGAUUCAGAGGAGGAUGAACGUAGUAAGGAGAUGAUCUCUAGUAAGAGGACGAAGAGCAAAAAGAACGAGCAGAAGUCUCGUCGUGGAGGUCGAGGGGACCAGAGCGACUCUGAAGUAGUUGUAGACCAUCAGUCUCUUCCUUCGGAGGACAAUAGCGAGGACCACAGCGAGGACCGACAUGCUUCCAAAAACAAGAAAAAGAUAGCUCCUUCUAAGAGGCGUGAUAGAUCACCGCCGUCUGAGGAUGAGGAGGAGCUGCCGCCAAAGAAGAAAGCAGUGAAGGUGACGAAAAAACGCGAAGUUGUAUCUCGGAAUCACAGUGAAGACGAGGAUGAGCCGCGUAGUAAAUCCGUGGCGUUGAAGAAAGGUCCUGCGAAAAGCAGGAAAAAAAGACGUGAUGCUUCUGCGAGUGAUGCUGAUGACAUGGUGUCUCAUGACGAAGAGCCACCGCCACGUCAACGUGUAACCAUCAAGAAAAAAGCAGACAAGCGUGACGAGCCGGCUCCCGUGGUAAAGAAAAACAAAAGUAAAAAAGGACCUCCAUCUUCCUCUGUAUCAAGGGAAGACCACAAGCCUUCAAAGAGAAAAGAAGAAACCUCUCGUCGCAAGAAUCAAUCAGAAUCUGAAGAUCAACAGCAGCACUCAUCUGAUUCUGAGCAAGCUCAACAGCAUCAAAAGCGAAAGAACGAAGCCCCAGCUGCUGAGGACCCAGAAGUACGCAAAGAGCGCUUACGCGCAAAGUUGCAGGAGAAGAAAGCUGAGCUUCAAGCAAAAGAGCAGAAGAAGGGCCGAAGAUGAGCCAGGAGAAGUUGUUUCAUUUUAUUUGUGAUUUAUCUUCGUUCCACUGGAGGUACGUAGUCAAUCAGAAACAUGAUCUUGAUCAUGAGCAUGCUUCUCCUCCUGGGAAGAACUACGCCAUCGAGAUUCAAUGUGUUUGUAUCUCUGGUCGUACAACCUCCUGGUAGAAGAUCAUGUAGUUCUAUUAUACUUCCUGGUGGGCAAAUUUGAUGAUCAACUCCGUUCUUCACUUUAUCUUUACUGCUUAAAACACGACUCUUCACUGAUCUAAUAUUCUUCAAUAUAGCGAUCCAUCACUAUCUUAAUACCCACAAUGUCUCCCAGUCCCUAUUGUCUCCCAGUCCCGCACCAUUGACAAACAUGUACAUGAUGAAACAGAAGAACGACUCUCGUCCUCAUGAUGCUUUCCACGUGUCACAUUCAUAUACACAUUCACCGCAGCACUAUCUCAGAAGUGCUGAACUAGAAUUACACGAUUGGCAUAAGCAAUCAUGGGAUCACGCCAGCAUGUAUUGUUGUCAUCCUG